AAGCUUGCUUUGAAUGAAGCUUGGCAUAUUCAGCCUCUGCACUAGCAGCGCGCCACGUUUCGCAUCUGGCACUGCCCCAGUAUGCGCUUCGCCCUAGAAGGGGGAAAUUUGGGCACCUUGCGGGCAUGAACGGACGAUGAUUAGCUUGACGGUGUACUGCUCGCGUGGCAGCUUUCUGUGCCGAGGACGUGUUUUGGCUGUUGACAUCAUUGUUGCAACGGCCAUCGUGAUGUACGAGGCACCAGCUUGUUGGGGCCGUUCUUUGGUGUGACUCCUCUCUUUGUACCCGCGGCAUCAGUCUGUAGUUGAAGCCUCAAAUUGUGCGCGUGAUGAAAGUAGCUAGAUCGGGUGUUGGUGUUGCACUCACGGCGCAGGAGAGCCAGGCGGCCAUAGCGCCGAUGGGGGACCUGCCGUCCUGCCGGGAGUUGCAUGGGCGCUGAUGGUGGUGCUCAUUGGCUUUCCUCGAGGCUUGAGCUUACAUGCGCUACAGCAGCAGUGAGGUUUGCCUUUCACCUGUUGACUGAUAUCUAAGCUUGAAAAUGAGCCAACAAGCUGCUGCUGUGUAAGUUGAACGCUGACAUCCUCAGCCAGGCGCGCAUACUGAUCGGCCAAUUGCAAACAAUUGCAGGACCAAGGUUACGUUCAAAGUAACGCUCACUUCGGACCCAAAGCUUCCAUUCAGAGUGUUUAGCGUCCCAGAGGAGGCGCCUUUCACUGCGGUCCUCAAGUUCGCGGCCGAGGAGUUCAAGGUGCCCGCCCAGACAAGCGCCAUUAUUACAAACGAUGGCGUUGGCAUCAACCCCCAACAAAUUGCCGGCAAUGUGUUCCUUAAACACGGCUCAGAACUGCGCCUGAUUCCCCGUGAUCGUGUCGGCGGCAUCAGCCGGGCGCGGUAACAAUGCCAGAGCCGCGGGCAGUGGCUGCGGGAAUGGACGCAGCACUGCGCCGCUGCUGCGCCCACAAGCAGUGCAGCGGGCCAUGGGACGUUGGUACUAGCGUCAUGGUAGUCCAGUGGCGGCUGGUCGAUGCGCUGCUGGUAGGGGUAGGGUACACCAUCCGCCUCGGCAGCUGUAGCAACAUGCGUGGCGUUACCAGUGGCUUGUGCGGCGGCGUGUGCAGCCGCUGCAAACCGGCAAGGCGCCGAAGCCGACAAUCGCAUGGUGCCGGCAGCCCUGCAGGGUGGGUCAUGAUGGCGGCAGGCCGUACAUGGCCUGUAGCGCGGCAACGCGCGUGGGGCUGCACGGGUCCACCGUGGAGCCACCCUCCUCGUGCGGCGCUUCUGCUGCUGCCGGCUGCUCCUGCUUGCCCUGGUGGGCGGCCUGGGAUGCCAGUACCGCGGAUUGCAGCCCCGAGAACAGGCGUUCCAGGGUGGGCUUGGCGGAGGAGCCCAGCAGCUUGACCGUCAAGGAGAAACGUCCGGCAGCUGUAUGGGAAUGUGGCAAAAAAUCGAGCGGAGUUGGAGAGUUGCAGUGAUGGCAGGCAGCGGCAUGGUAUGAGUGCAGUGCCGUUUUUUUUGCGAUACAGGCCCUUGGCUCCCACGCUGAGAUUGACCCUGGAAAGGUAGAGCGGUCAAUCAUGGACUCAUGGUUGAUGGUGUGGCUGCUUCUGGUGCGGGAUACCGUAUGGACUUGACUGUGUGGCGUGCAUGAUGUAAAACCUUUCAUCA